CGUUAAUGUGACUCAGAUGAACGAGUCGUCUCGGAGAGUGAUUCAUUUUCUACUGGACGCACAUGAGCAACACAUCGCAAAAUCUCAGUAGGUUAUGUACAGGAAACAAAAUUGUGCAGUCUACCCCUCGACUCUUUUAGUCCGACUCGUUUGUUUUGUCCUAAUCUUGACAUUAUUGUUACAAUAAUAAUGGGAGUAACGUGACAAAAGAACUAACGUGACGUUACAAUAAGAUAUGAGAGAUUUCUGAAUAUUUUGUACACAUAAUGAAUUUGUCCCCGAACCUACGAGAAUGCCAGGAGGUCAAAGUGAUUUAAGAGCAAAGCCGAGGACACAUUUUGAUGAAGUGUUUAGGAAAUAUGCAAACCCUCCUUUACAGAAGAAAAAGCUCAAACAACAAUCCGAGCAGCUGCAGGAGAAUGUGGAGCUUCAGACCUUAAGGAAAAACUUUACUAAAGACAUAGAGGAAGAUGAGACUAUUCUCCAUAACACAUAUGACCCUGUUCAGGGCAGCCCCAGGUACACGAAGAACAGGCGCAGGGAGAAGGAAGUGUUCAAGAAAGCCAACAUCGGUAAUGAGGGCGAAGAGAUGCACACUGCACCUUCAGAAAAAAGGAAGAGCAAAAGAGCACUUCCUCCAUCACCACUUGUUCAAGAUGAAGAUGAGAGUUCCAAGAACGCUCUGAGGUCUGAAGUAAAAUAUCCUGCUGAGGCUGAUUUGGGACAGAAGAAAAAGGGUAAAAAAGGGAAGAAUAGAAGAAGCGAUGUUGCAAAAGAAGAGUCUGAAAGUGAAAAUGAUCUUCUUCAGGAUUAUCAGCAAAAGAUUACACAGGAGGAGCAAAAAGCCCUAAAGAAGCAAAAGAGUGAAACUCUGCAAGAAAUAACUGUCUUAAACAAUGACGGUGAAAAGAAAAAGAAAAAGAAGAAUCUGAGAGAAAGUAAAGGAGAUGAAAGUGAACAUCCUUCGAAAUGGCAAAUGGAAGUGGCAGGUGGUAAAACUAAAUCACAGGAAGACUCUCAAAAUGAUCUCCAAGAGGAGAUAACAGUCAAGCCUAUAGGCAAAAAGAAGAAGAAAAUAAAACAAGAAGUGACCGUGCUGGACAGUCAGACAGAAGUGGAUGCAUCUCCUAGACAUGCUUUUGAUGACGGCCUGGUGCUGGGAGUUUACAUUCACCGUACAGACCGACUCAAGACUGACCUUCUGGUGUCCCACCCCAUGGUCAAAGUCCAUGUUGUAGAUGAAGUUACUGGACAGUAUGUAAAGAAAGAGGACAGCCAUCGCAGAGUGUCUUCCUUUUAUGAGCAGGAGAAUGUCGAGCAUGUCCUUCCUAUUAUAACUCAGCCUUUCGACUUCAAAAAACAAAAGUCAACAGUUCCUGAGUGGGAGGAGCAGAUCAUCUUUAAUGAACGCUUUAGUUAUUUUCUUCAACAGAACGAUGACGCUCCAAAAGUCAUCCUUUUUUUUGAGAUCAUUGAAUUUAUAAGCAUGGAAGAAGCAAGGGCAAACGUCUCUGCUGAUCUGAAUGAGCGAGGAUUUCACAAAAUUGCGUGGGCUUUUUUGAAGCUUGUUGGGACCAAUGGUGUGCUGAACAUUGACAGUAAACUGCGUCUUCAGCUGUACAGCCCUCCACUCAGAGCCAGGAAAAAUCCAGAGACACUCGAGGUUUUUCAGUGGUGGUCAAAAUACCCUUGGAACAGAUAUGCCUCAACCCUUUAUGUCACGGUGAAAGGCCUCAAACUACCAGAACAUGUGGACCCCAGUAUACGCUCGAUGAUGGCUCUGCAGCAGGAGAGAGGCAGCACCUCUUACACUGACCUCCAUACGGAACUCACUCAGAAAACCUUCACCCAGCUGUUGGAGAACAAAUCAGAUGCCAUAAAAUGGAGCCGUCUGCCUGGACAGGUGUGUCGCAUUCCUAACAAACUGAUGCUGUCAUUCCGUGGAGGUCAGAUGGGCUGCAUCGCUCUACGCUUCUCUCACGAUGGCAGGGUUCUGGCUGCUGCUUGUGUAGACAGAGAUGCUUUCCCUAUCAUAGUGUAUGAGAUCCCCUCAGGGAAAGUCCUAGCAUCCUUUAAUGGCCACCUCAGUAUUGUAUAUGAUCUCUGCUGGACCAGAGAUGACAUGUCCCUGCUGUCAGCAUCCUCUGAUGGAACAGUCAGAGUAUGGGACAUAGAAAGACUCCAAGGACUCGCCAAAAAGAUCCUCCCCCACCCAUCGUUUGUAUACUCUGCCCAGCAUCACCCUCAAGCCCCGAGCCUGGUGAUAACAGGGGGCUAUGAUGGUCUGCUCAUGUGGAAUUUAGACAAUAAUGAUGUAAAUGGACAACUCCUGCAAGAGUUUGAAGGACACAAGACUUUUAUCAAUGCCCUGUGUUUUGACAAUGAAGGAAGUAGAGUGUUUUCUGCUGACAAUUCUGGCCUAAUUAUCGCAUGGAGUACUAAAAUAGAGGAUGGGUCAUGGCAUGAUGGAGUGCGUCUGUGGAAAAUCGAGAAAGAAAUAAAGGAAAUUGAUCUGAAUGGAAUUCCCAUCAACUCACUAGAAGUGCACCCAAAUGGGAGACGUCUUCUAAUCCAUGCCAAAGACAGCGUUUUGAGAGUGAUGGACUUGAGAAUCUUUGCUAUAAAGAAAUAUAUAGGUGCAACAAAUUACAGGGAGAGGAUCAACAGCACCUUUACCCCAUGUGGAAACUUUAUUUUCUCAGGCAGUGAGGAUGGACUUGCCUAUGUGUGGAAUGCUGAGACCGGUGAUCAAGUUGCUGUCUACUCAGAGCUGUGCUACUCCGCUGCUCUCCGUGGAGUGACUUUCCAUCCCCAUGAACACUUGGUGGCUUUCUGUGCCUUUGGGCAAAAUCAGCCAAUUCAGUUAUAUUUGUAUGAUCGAAAAGUUACGCAGAUUGAGCUGGAGAGUAUGAGGGUGCUGAACAGGUCUGAUAGUGCUGUCAGUAAAACGCAGAGGAAUCAGACCGAGCUCCUUGCAUUCCAGGAUUCUUCAGCCACAGGAAUGGACCGAUUUGCCAGUGCUGCUCGCAUGUCCCUUAAGAUGCAGCGAGUUAAACAGAAAUUAGACUCUGUUCUGGAGCCACAUCGCAAUACCUCUGGCAUGGAAUACCUCUAUGGAAGCAUGGCUCAGCUGGGGAGAGGUUUAUCCCAAGAGGGUUCUUCCUUCCCUCCUCCAUCUCUGCUUUCUCCUCACUCCAAUCUACAGCUGUCCAACUCACUUGGGGUUCAACUAAUACCCCAAGCAACACUCAGCUCGCAAACAUUUGGCUCCACUGCUUUCGGUCAUCCCAUUAGAAGAAUGCCAUCCUUAAAGCAAAGGAGUCUACCGGAUUCUGAAUGUCCUUUACAUGUCGAGACUGAUAUGGAACGAGUCCAGCAAACGGUCUUGACCCUGUAUGACUACAAGGCCAGUCGCUCCGAUGAGCUGACGUUACGACGCGGUGAUGUGAUCCAUGUGCUGCACAAAGAUAAUGAAAACUGGUGGUUUGGAUGCUUAGCCGGUGGAUACAUGGGCUACUUCCCAGCUGCCUAUGUGGCUGAUGAAAAAGGGUUUGAUGAAGAACUCUCACGGGCUAUAGAAGCACAACCUGGACCCUUAGAGCAAAUAAAUGAAGGAUUUAACAGAGCCACCAAGUUAUCUGCAGCUGUUAGUGCUUCUGGGGAGCUGAAGAUCAUUUCAGAGCAGGAGACUGAUGCUGAGGCACCUUCUGUCAAAACUAAAAAGAAGAAGAAAAAAGUGAAGAACAGUGAGCUUCAUUAUGAUCUUCCACCAACCACAUCAGGAGAUCCUGACACUGCUUCACAAUCUACUAGAAAAAAGAGACCUCUUCCAAGAUUAGGACAAACCAACAGUGCUUUCAAAUCGGAUGUUGCAAAUUAAAAGCUGAAGCUUAUACUCAGGAGAAAGAAAAAACCUAUGCAUAUCGAAGUCACCAGUAUAUAUUUGAUAUCUUGCAAUCAAGCCUUCUAUUUUAAUGUAUUUUGUAAAUUUAUGUUUAAUUUUAAUAACCAAAACUGAGUGUUUUUUGUCCUUUUUUUUAGCAGUGUUCAAGUAUGUGCUACAAUACAACUUGACUGUAAAAAUUUUUAUAUAUAUUACACACACACACACACACACACACACACACACAAAUAAGCAGCCAAACGUAAAAAAAAAAAAAGUAGGUUUUUUAAGUAGGUUACAUAAAUUAGACAUAUUUUACAUUUGUACCCCAUUUUUUCAUAAUCAUGUAUUAUGUACAUUUAGGAGAAUCUCAGGAGGAUUUGCUCAUUGUUUCAAUUCUUUAAUGUCAUACUUACAAAUUCAUUGCUUUAGCAGUUGGACUGCAAUCUGCUUUAACAGCUAAUUAAACUACCAAGCACAUUUGGGUUGAUCACUGGCA